AGAAGGUGAGAAUGCAGACUUGAUGACAGAGGUAACUUGCAGGAAAGCAGCUGCAAAGGUGGAAGGAAACCAGAGUGGAAGAAAAGGGGAAGAAUGAAAUAGGGAUAUUUAAAGGAGAGACAGAGGGAAGGAAAAGCCCAGAGUGCCACCGUGGACCCUGUAAACAAACAUGAAUAAUCGUUCUAUCGCCUGGUGGCUGAGACAGAUCGGCCUGCCCCAGUACAUCAAGACACUAGAGAGCGAAUACUAUGGUCUGGAGGGUUUGCUGAGUGUAACAGAUGGAGAGCUGAAGGACGCAGGGAUAGAGGAUGCAACACACAGAGAAACCAUCCUCAAGCAGCUCUCACGGCAUCGAGAGACGCUGGACCCACACUCUGGUGUGCAGGUCGUGACGCGCAGAGUGAGCCGAAAGUACUCCUUGGGAUCCUCUAUGGAUCUGGAGAAGCCGAAGGAUCUGUUUCGUCAGAGUGUUCUUCCCCGCCUCCAGCGCUCCUGCUCGCAGCUCCGCGCCCUGAACGAGGACAACGUCAUCAGUCAGGACAGCUGUCAGGACAAACGCAGCAAAAGGAGGAGUGUCAGCGCAUACUUCAGCCAGCUGAAGGUGUUUGGUGGUCGGAAAGAGAUGGACUCCCUGAAGAAGGAGCUGGAGGAGGAGCUGAAGCUCAGCACUGACGACCUGAGGAGCCACGCGUGGUACCACGGACCCCUGAGCCGAGAGGCUGCAGAGUCUCUGCUGGAGAGGGACGGGGACUUCCUAGUGCGAGACUCGAGCUCUGCCCCGGGGGACUACGUUCUGAGCUCCUUUUGGAAGAACGGCCCCAUGCACUUCAAAGUCAUACGAGUGGUCCUCCGACCCAAAAAGGGCUACUCCCGAGAGCUGUUCCAGUUUGAGGAGGAUCGAUUCGACAACGUCCCCGCUCUCAUCCGGUUCUACGUGGGCGGGCGGCGGCCCAUCUCCCAGGCUUCAGGCGCCGUGAUCUUUCACCCGAUCACGCGGACCCUUCCCCUGCGCGUCAUCUCCGAGCGUCAAGCGGAGCAAAAAAACAGCGGCAGCGGUAGAGCCCCAAGGGGAGAGAAACAUGACGAGCACAACAAAAGACGCAGCCUCAGUUCGACUCACGCCGACACACUGCAGGUCAUAAAUCCACUGCUGAGGAGUGGAAGUCAGCCGGCUAACCUGGAGAACGUGGGACGGAGGCCUUCUCUUCAGUCUGCACAGUCUGACAGCAACCUACGAACUGGCGCUCCACAGAGCUCCCCAUCAGAGGACGCUGUCCCCGCCCCCAUCUCCCCGGUGUUUCGCACAGGCAGCGAGCCCCUGCUGAGCCCACGCCCAGGACAAACCCGGCCCUGCUAUCCAGGUGGUGGUGUUACCUUGCGAGGCUCGGACGGACAGCUGCACCCGAGAGCCCCCCCCAAACCUCUCCGAGUGUCCACCGUUUUCCCCAACGCCACGGCCACUCCACCCACAGGCCAAGACAAAGACCCCGCCUCUUUUUACGAUGAGCUGGUCAUACAGGUGCCACAGUCCCGGCGGAAGGGCCACGUGGACCGGCUGCGUGCAGAGGAGAAGUGGCAGAGCCGAGCACGUCUCACAGAGACUUCCUUUGGAUUUCUAGAGGCCCAGAAGAAUGAAGCAUCAUCACAGCUGCAGUUUGACAAAGAGCUCCAGGGGAAGGCGGCGCAGGAAGCGGAGGACUGGCAUUUUGAGCGGCCACAUGUGGAGUCGGUGUCGUGUUUCCAGCUGGAUCAGUUUGAGUCGCUGCUCUUGCCGGAGAACAACCGACCUCUGGAGCCCAGUGUCCUGCUGACGCUCAAAGAGAUCUUCAACCGCACGGAUGCAAACUCCACCGCUCUGCACAUGCUCAGUGUGGACUGCCAGGUGGCACGCAUCGUCGGCGUGACUGACGAGCAGAAGAGACUUAUGGGAGUCGACUCCGGGCUGGAGCUCGUCACUUUGCCUCAUGGACACCAGUUACGACAGGAUUUGUUAGAGAGGCAUCAUCUAAUAGCGCUGGGAGUCGCGGUGGACGUCCUGGGCUGCACAGGCACUGUGAGCCAGAGAGCAACUGUACUACACAAAAUAAUCUUAUUGGCCCAGGCCCUGAAAGACCACACUCACAACCUUUACUCCUUCUCAGCCGUGAUGAAGGCUCUGGAGAUGCCUCAGAUAGAGCGACUGGAGAUGACGUGGCGAGCGCUGAGGAGGAACCACACAGAGAGCGCGGUGUUGUUUGAGAAGAAACUCAAACCCUUCAUGAACUCACUGAAUGAGGGAGACGACUCUGUAGUCGAGGGUCCCGUAGCGGUGCCACACCUGGUUCCUCUGCUGAUGGUGAUGGAGGGUGAGGACCCAGUGGACGACAGCGAGCGAGGCUGUCAGCUGCUCUAUGACGUCCUCCAGUCGGCUCGCAGCGCCGCACUGCACGCUAGAGAUUAUCAGAAGCACGCGCACUCUCUGCUCACAGGAGGAGGCUGGGAGACGGUGCCGGAGCUGCUGGAGGCUUUCCGGACGGAGUUCGCCCUGCGGCUGUUCUGGGGUCAGCUGGGGGCGGCGGCGGACAGAAAGGAGCGCUACGAGAAGUUUGACAAGAUUCUGUGCGUCCUCUCAGAUAAACUGGAACCCGUGGAAAUGACCCCAAAGGAGCCCGACCUUUUCCCCUGAGCCUCGGGGACGGUUUCGCUAAGUGGAAGGUGAAAUCAGCGCUUUCUUCUUCACAAGAGGAAAAUAAAAACAUGAAAGAGGAAUAUUUUUUUAUAUGCCGUGCGCUCUGUUGAUGAAAGAAGAGAUCUCAGACGUGAGAUCAAACAGACAGAGAGGGAAAAGAGGGAAAAGGGGUUUUUCCUCGCUGAGAUUUGAGAGACUCUACGCUGAGCUUGUGAAAUAAGAGAAUUUUUACUGAAAUGUGAAUAGGCUACUGUGGUUCAUUUUCCUUUUUUACAGAUCAACCAAACCACUCAUCGUAUGUUUGACAUAACAAAGGACCAAAAUGGACAUUAUUAAGACUUUUCAGGUGCUAUAAUAAGGGACCAUGCUGGAGACUGAUUUUCACCUCAGUGUUUCUGGAAAAAAACUAAUAAAUUGCGUUUUUAUGUUAAAAAAAAAAA